AUUUUUAUGCUAUAACACGUGGCGGGUAAAUUAUUGACCUUGCCUAUAUAUAUAAAGGACGGGUUUUAGAUUCAUUUCACAUGACGUAUUAGGAGAUAGUGAAAUGUACACAUCGUCUGUGGCUAUAUACAAUCAACAUGGAUUUCGGCUCGCUAUUCAGCUUUAACACUGUGACAGUGGCUUUCGUUGUUGUAUUGUUGAUCCUGCUGGUCAGUCGGACACUACAAUGGCCGGCCAAUGUCCCACCCGGACCAUCGGGCUAUCCUAUCAUAGGAAGCAUGCCUCUACUGCGAAAAGGAAACGUCCUGGAGACAUUUCGAAAACUUCGAGCACAAUAUGGCGACGUUUUCAGUUUGAAGAUUGGACCUAAUCUCAACGUGGUUAUCAAUGGAAAGGAGGCGUUAAGAGAGGCGUUUGUUAAAAGAGGGGAGGAAUUCUCCGAUCGACCAGGCGGCUUUAUGACAGAAAAUAUUUUCCACUCUAAAGGUAUUGGUUUCUCUUCUGGUGAACACUGGAAACAAACCCGGACAUUUUCUCUGUCCACACUUCGGAAUUUUGGAUUUGGAAAGAAGUCUUUGGAAUCAAGAGUCCAAGAAGAAAUAGAGGCUUAUUUGAAAUUCAUUGAAAAACAGGAAGGACAACCUUAUGACAUGAAAAAAAUUACAACCAUUGCCAUAUCAAAUAUCAUAUGCAGUAUUACGUUCGGAAACCGAUUUGAAUACACUGACGCAAAAUUCAAGCGACUUACAUCGCUUUUCGCUGAGAACUUUCGGUUACUUUCAGUUGGAGGGGCCCUACGAUCUUUUCCUGGAGUAAGAUUCCUUCCUGGAGAUAUGUUCAAUGUGAAGAAGCUGAUUCAAAAUUUCGCCGAUAUCAAAUCUUUUGUUUUUGAACAGAUCGCUGAGCAUCGAAAAACGUAUGAAGAGGAGAAUCAGCGAGAUUUCGUCGAUGCGUUUCUAAGACAACAAAUCAAACAUGGUGAAGAUGAUCCGAUAUUUGAAGAUAUGAACUUAACGACAUCCGUCAUGAAUUUGUUUGGCGCCGGGACUGACACAACAGCUACCAUAAUUCGCUGGGCGAUCAUUUACCUCAUUCACAACAAACCUAUCCAGGAUAAGCUCCGACAGGAGAUAGAGUCUGUGGUCGGGACGUCAAGGCUUCCGUCACUUGGCGACAAACCCUCCAUGCCUUACUACGAAGCAUUUAUAACAGAGGUUUUACGAAUGGGCAACAUCGCCCCACUGUCUGUGCCUCACGGGGCCUUAAAGGAUAUCCAUUUCCGGGGCAUGAUUAUCCCAAAGGGAUCGUUGAUAAUACAAAAUCUUGACUCAGUUAUGACUGAUCCAGACCUGUUUGAGAAUCCGGAUAAGUUUCAACCAGAGAGAUUUCUAGGAAAGGACGGACAAAUGAAUGGCAAGGAAAGGACUGUAAUGGCUUUCUCUCUAGGACGACGAAUCUGUCUUGGAGAAUCUCUGGCGAGGUUAGAGCUAUUUUUGUUUUUAACCUCAUUGCUGCAAAGGUUCGAGUUUUUCCCGGAAAGCCCCGACAAACUCCCAUCAUUUGACGCGACCCUGGGAUUGGUUCGGGCGUCCAAGGACUACAAGUGCUGCGCUGUUAAGUUGAAAUGAAACAUUGAAACAAAAAAUCUGUGAGGAUGUUUAAUUAUAUCAUAGAGAUGUUAUCAUAUAGAAUUCCAUUUUGUUUGUAAGUUUGUAAUAUAAUCCCAAAGGACUAGACAGAAUUUGAUGAAACUUUUCAUUUAUUGUACUCAUGAAAUAUCUAUGGAAUACAGGUGCUCUUAUGUGCGGCCUCGGAAAACAGUUCAUCUGGUGGGUCCCAACUCCUCGGGAAAAUAGGUUCGGCUGUUGACUGAUAAGGCAUGAAACAACUGUAAAAUGUGAUUUCGGUAUUGAGGGUUUUGCAAAUGUGAAGGUUAAAUGGUUGCUAUUUUAUUUUCAUGGUAGACAAGACCCCUCCCCACUUAAACCAUCUUAAUAAUUCAUGUAGUAAUUCAGGCAAAUUGAUGCCUUAUCUUAAUGUGAUUGCAACGUUACAUAUUAACGAGAUCUAACUCUGUGAUACUAAUUAAGCUGCACACUUAUCCAGUGCCAUUUUACUCUGUAUUCAAUCCAAGUGUUUUCACGCAUGUAUUUCGGAUUAUUUACACACAUUUGAGUAAACUGAUACAAUAUAAACUGAGCAUACCAUGUUUUGAGUGCAUGCUAGAGUUGAUCACAGUAGCAUAGAAAU